AGUUCAACAGUUUGCAAUUUCAGAUGUUUGCAACAAUUGACUAAUGCACCUGUUUACAAACAGAUUUUCAUAAAUUCGGUUCGUGAUAUUCCCCUGGAUUUUUUACUUCAGAACUCGCCGGAUGAAUCAAUACCAGUUUGUGAUUUCAUUCCUUCAUUGAACCCAUGCGGCCUUGCAGCAACACUAUCAUUCAUUGUCGAUACUAAUCGCGUUCCCGUUUGCGAUUUAAGCUCGGAUAAUCUCGGACAAUGGAACACGAAGGAUGGUCAGCGUAUGAGUGUUCGUAAAUUUUACUAUAAGGAAAAACUGAAAUGUGCUGAAGGAGAACAUGAUUUCUGUGUUAUAAGGCGUAAAUAUACGCACCCACAUUGCGUACCACCAAAUUCGGUUCGAAAGGUAAUUUGGUAUGCGGUUAUUUCUUAUUUUAUCGAUUCGGAUGCGCAAGUUCCCAUAAUACCACACGGCAAUUCCAAAAAAAAUGACAAAGGUUAUGUGAGAACUCGUCCAAGUGAGAUUAGAAAACGUCUUUCCAAAUCCAAAUAUAAGUACAGCGAAAUCAAUUCUUAUCCACUGGAAGUUGCCAUUUCUGACGCUGAUGUAGAUGUAAUCGAUGAGGGUGAAGAAGGAAUUGCAUGUUCUUCUGAUGAAGGGAACUCUGAUAUUAUUGUUGUUGAUCCUCUAGAAGAUAGUAAUGGAAAUUCAUAUUCAGAUAUCAAUAUAUCAGAUGAGGAAAUGAUUAAACGCAUUGCGGAAAUUACAACUGCGCCUUUAUUUUCAUGCAAAUAUAUUAAUGCUAUUGGUCAAGUACCUAUCGAACUUCUUCGGCGAAGCGAUUUGUCGGCUGAUUUAGCACCAGUAAAUUACAGUGUCCCUCAAAUUCAGAUUACUGGUAAAGGAGUAUGUAUGUCAUUCAUCGUCGAAUGUAGCCAAAUACCAAUUCCAGAAUUUCGUCGAGUUAUUUACAUUGAUGCAAAAAUUUUAGGCUCAUGGAAUACGAAGUGUGGUAAACGGGUUUCUGUUUAUAAGUUCUUUUUUAACAAAAGUAAAAUGAAAUGUUUGGAAGGAGAGCACGAAUAUUGCGUUUUGCGGAAGAAAUAUGUUCAUCCGUUUGCAAAUCCUCCAAAUUCAGUGAGAAAAGUCAUAUGGCUAGUGAGAAGAUUCGACAAAACUUACUAUAGGUUUUUAUCUCUAAACCGCUUCUAUGAAUAUGUCUUAAUAACAUAUCGCAUUCAAGAUGAUGCUGUUGUCGAAAGACAUAUUUCAAAAUCACCUCACCGUACAUAUCAACCAUUGCCUCCUAUGGAACCUGUUGAUGAAGAAGUUAUCACGAGCGAAAUAAUGCGAAUAACACAAAGUCCUGUUUAUUUGAAGCGAUUUAUCAAUAAUAUCCAAGAGUUUCCAUUUCAAUUACUUCUUACACCUUGGAAUUUGGACGAACCAGUUUGUUACAGUGUGCCACAUAUUGACAUUUUGCGUGAACCAACUAAAGUUGCUGUUCAGUUGUCUUUUAUUAUUGAUACUUCCAAAGUCGCUGUUUCAGAUCUUAGUACUGACAAUCUUGGACAGUGGAACACAUCACACGGUCGACGUAUGACAUUAAGAAAAUUCUUUUUUAAUCGUGAGAAACGACGCUGUCUAAGGGAAGACCAUUAUUACGUAGUUACUCGUAAAACCUAUGUGCAUCCAAAUAGUAUCCCUGAUGGAGCAGUGAGGAAAAUUAUUUGGCAAUUAAGUACAGAUCGCGGCUUCACAAGGUACGCAUUAAUAACAUUUGAUAUUGGUGCUGAAACUGUUGUGGAAGCUAUUCCGCACGGCAAUUCGAAAACGAAUACUGAAGUUUAUGUGAGGAGAGAACCAAGUUUAACUAUAAACGAAAGAAGGGCUCAGAGAAGAAUUGAAAGAACUAGACAGUUGAGUUUUUAUUUUUUAUUGUAUUUAAGCACCUCACCUUCAUCCAAACGAAGCAGGUUGACAGCUCCAUCUUCUAUUACACUUUAUGGAGAAGAAUUCAUUGAAGGGAUGGAUGGCACUUAUUUAACGCAUGAAGAUUUGAUGAUACGCAUGGCCCAGUCAAGUUCUCGCAGAUAUACUCGCCCAUAUCAUAAUGACGAGCCGUUUAAUUUAGUGUUUCUUAUGGAUCAGAAUGUGGGCCUUAUCCAGUGUGCAUCAUGCGGAGUUGACUUUUCUCGUCAUGCUCAUCCACCUGAAGAUAUAGUGCUUGAACACAUUGAGCGAUUUUGGAAUCAAAGAACUGGAUGUUUUUCCUUGCAACAAAUGCAAAAAAGAUAUAUCCACGCAAGACUGGAAUGUGUUCUUUCUCGUUAUGAAUAUUUUACAACGGUGGAUUUCUUAUCCAUAUCACCUGAUGUGAGAAUGCGUCUUACUGAUGCUCAUCAGCAAUACCUAAGUGUUGAAUUUGGGUGUUCAUAUAUUUAG